AGAAUAGUGUUAUUUUGAUCAUGGUGGUGUUUACUUGCUGCGUUUCUUGAGAAGUUAUUUAGAAAAGAGGAAUAUCUAACCAGGCGGACUGAAUUUUUACAGAAUGAAGGAGAAAUGCUGUGAAAGGACAGAAAUGUUUAUCUGGAAUGAUUUAUUUCAGUUUGUGUUAAGUUAUGCUUCACACUGUGUUGAAUUGUGCGUCGAUAUAGGCCAGAACUUAGAGUGUACUCCGAGUUAUGCGUCUAGUAAGGCACAAUACAAAAACAUUGAAUUUUCGCGUAUUCUGACACUGACAGAAUGAGACAAGGACGCGGCGGCCAACGAAACAAGAAAUGCUGUAGAGGUCGUGGUGUGCCACCAAUCACGCUGCCAGCCACACUGGAGGACCCUGCUGCCACCUGGAAGGGACCGCCACCAGGCUCGGAGCCCCAGAACUUUGCACCUAACUCAGGACAAAAUUUCUCUGGGCCGCCGGCGGGCUUCCAGGGGCCAUCACCCUUUCCAGGCCCGCCGGCGGGGGCCGGUUCUCCAGCUGGUGCGCCUCCUUACUCUGGGCCUCCUCCAGGAUCAGCGACACCUCAAUAUACAGCCUCUCCCGCACCCUCAGGCUCGUCCACGCCAGGACCUGGCCCACCUCAGUCUGUUGGAAAUGCGGGCUUCCCUCCACCUCCCAAUAAUGGGCCACCAUACAAUGGACCAGGGCCAGGGCCUUAUGGCUCUCCUUCAGCUGGAGGACCACAGUUUGUUGGUCGUCCUGGCUCCUCUGGGCCUCCAUUUGUACCUCCUGGAGGUGGUAAUCCUCAUUUUGCAUCUCCUGGACAAGCAUUUGGUGCCCCUCAGUUUGGCAUUCCUCCAGGGUCUCCUUAUGGUCAUGGACCAAGCCAUCCCAUUCCGGGGCCGAUUCCUGCUCAUGGCAUAAUGCCUGGCCAGAUUCCAGGACCCACUGCAGUGGACAGGAUAGAUCAAGGAUCUUGUCCUGUUCCCAGGCGUCAUACGCCGUACCUUGGCCAGCCAGACUACCGCAUUUACGAGCUUAACAAGAGGCUACAGCAAAGAUCAGAGGAGAGUGACAAUCUUUGGUGGGAUGCCUUUGCAACAGAGUUCUUUGAGGAUGAAGCAACGCUUACCCUUACGUUCUGCUUAGAGGAUGGACCGAAAAGAUACACAAUAGGCAGGACACUCAUCCCCCGCUACUUCAGAAGUAUUUUUGAAGGUGGCGUGACGGAUCUCUACUAUAACCUGAAGCAUCCCAAGGAAUCCUUCCACACCACGAGUGUUACAAUGGACUGUGAUCAGUGCACAAUGGUGACGCAUCAUGGCAAGCCAAUGUUCACUAAGGUGUGUACAGAGGGUCGGUUGAUCCUUGAAUGCACGUUCGAUGACCUUUCACGGAUAAAGUCAUGGCAUUUUGCUGUGCGAUCGCAUCGGGAAUUGGUUCCUCGAUCAGUGUUUAGUAUGCAUACACAACAAGACCCCAGCAUGCUGGAUCAACUAGCAAAAAACAUCACCAGGCAUGGAAUCACCAACUCCACCCUCAACUACCUCAGGCUGUGUGUAAUUCUGGAGCCAAUGCAAGAGCUGAUGUCCCGCCAUAAAGCGUAUGCACUCAGCCCACGAGACUGUCUCAAAACAACACUGUUCCAGAAGUGGCAGAGGAUGGUUGCCCCGCCGGGUAAGAGAGAAUCACAGCGACCUGCCAACAAGCGGCGGAAACGGAAAGGCUCUCAGUCAGGUGGAGCUGCUAACAAUGCCCCUCCUGCACCCAACAAGAAGAGGUCUCCUGGACCCAGCUUUUCCUUGGCAUCACAAGAUGUGAUGGUGGUAGGUGAACCGUCGCUAAUGGGAGGCGAGUUUGGAGAUGAGGAUGAACGGCUCAUCACAAGGCUGGAGAACACCCAGUAUGAUGCAGCAAAUUCAUUGGACCACGACAACCAUGGCUUCUCAGAUUCACCUAUGACGGGUGGCCCCAAUUCUUGGGGGGGUGGAGGGCCAGUGGGGGGACCCAGUGUGGGUGGGCCAGUUGGAGACCGGGGUCCUGGAGGGGUAGGUGGACCUCCCCAAGGCAACACACCCUCCAGCCAGGACUCAGACAAGAAAUCUCCAGCAGUGAGCCAGUGAUAGAUACAGUCAGCUGUAUCUCCCAUCUCGUUGAUUAUAGGUCACAUCAGUAUUUGGUGCCAGUGAGUGAGCGAACAAGUAAGCGUGUGCGUGUACAUGCAUAGUGUCGUGAGGAUGCUUUGGUGACUCGAACCACCAGCUUACGAAAACACUGUGUAAGGUGCAAAUGAAUGAUUGAAGGGGCAGUCUCUCUUUCUCUCUCUGUUUCUCUCUCUCUCUCUCCUUUACCCCUCUUGGUACUUAGAUGGUGGGAUGGCCUGCACAUAAAGCACUCCAAUUUGGAAGCUGUUUUUUAUGUCAUAUUAAUGGAAAAUGUUUGAUACAAACACUGGUUACAAGUGUAUCCUCAUAGGUAUUGUGUAGAGGAAGAGCCAGCACAAUUGCUAUAUGACAUGUGCUUUAUGUCAUUCAUAAUUGAAGUUUCUGGUGGCCAAAGCAACUGUGGUAUAUUCCUUAGUUGAGGUGUAAGGAACAAAAUUGAAAAACACUGCCAGAUAGCACAAUGAAAAUGUUCCUUCAUAGUUGUUUGUGUGCCAUCAGCAUGAAGAUCUGGCAGUCGUCUUUUGUCGUGGCAGAUGGUUAACAGAACAAAGACUAGGUUAAUAAAUCCAUGACAUUUAUUGUGCAGAAGUUCCUCGAGCUGCUGUAUAUUAUGUUUAAGACAUUCAAAGAGUUCUUCAAUGCAUGAAACAAUUCUCUUCCGUUGUCUGAGAAUUCCCAAGUAUUACAGUGCUAUACAGUCUGAGAUAUUGAAAAUGACAAACAGUAAGCAGAUAAAUAAAAACACAGUGUGAGUUCAGUAUUGUUCUCUAGGCUACAAAUAAUUUAUCUCCUUCAUUUGAUCAUGUACUUUGAAUGCUGCUAACUAUAGUCCGUUUUCAUUUGUGUGGCAUUUGUCUUAUGUGACCUGUUUUCCUUUUAUAUUCCAAUAUUCUUCAGAAACUGCAGUACUGUAACUGAAUGUAGAUGAUAAACCAUUCUGAUGUGCUACAUGAAUUCUUGCCUCUUGAGUCAGACCUUGCCAUUAUGUUUGUGUAGAGAGAAUGAAUGUUUGUAUAUUGCAAUAUGAGCAGUAUGUCUCAGGCAUCCAUAUUAAAAACAUUCCUAAAUUUUGAA